UUUUUGAACUUUUCGCCAUAUUUUUGCCCUAUUUUUGAGUCCCUUCGCCCUAUUUUGGCGUUUUGGAAAGGGACACCCUGCGUCCUUGUAAGGGAUCUGCGUCCUUGUAAAAAGAAAGAAAUAGGAAUUAGUGCCUUUGACAAAUUUGCAGAUAAAACUUACGGACUUUUGAAACUUUACCCAAGAAAUUUUUAUUUUUUUAAGUUUAUCAAAACAAAUAUUCACUCUUUCCUCAACCAACAAAAUUAUUUCUGAUCGAAUAUCUUCACACAUUUUAAAUAAUUCAAAUUUAAUAAUUCAAUGUUUAUUAACUAGAGGACGCUGUUUUAUGGAAAGAAGUUGGAAAGGGGAUUUAAUUGAUGCAAUUAAAGAUUAUUUAUCUGUUCUGAGAAUUAAUCCAAAAUGUAAAAUGGCUCAUCAAAAUUUAAUUAAAAAUUUGUAUGCCUUGAAUCAAUUUAACCUUGCAAAAGAGUGCCUCUCAUUUUAUCAAAAAUUACAUCCUGAAGAUACCUCUGCUGAACAAAUUAUUGGAAAAAUUAGUGAAGAAGAAGAUGAAUCUUUAAAUUGGACUUUAAAUGAUUUUAGAGAUUAUAUUGAUAGAUUUACUGGACAUUUAAAUAUAAAUACAGAUAUUAAAGAAGCUAGUUGGUUUGGUGGGGAUGAUCAAUAUAUUGUUGCUGGAAGUGGUUAG